AGUACUCCUUAACAAUUAAUCAUUUUCGACCCAUGAAAAAAAAAAACCAAUAAUAUGUAAUGAGGCUAUUUUGGUAAAGAAUCCAAAAGGGCCAAAACCCAGCAUCACCACAAAUCUCGCCUUCCCUGAAUUCAGCCGGCCAGCCUUUUUUCAGUUUUUCAACCUUCCUAAUAACCUCCUUCUCCUUCCUUCUCCAUCCGUUUACUGCUUUUUUACUUGGAUUCGGCAAUCGGGGUUCUAUCUUCUUCAAAUCAAUUUAGAUUUCGUUUAGGGUUUUAAUUUUUAUCUUUUUUUUUUUUUUUUUGGAAAGUGAAAUCAUCCAACGGAAAGUUUGCUCUCGGAACCCAUCCAUCCAUUUCUCUGUGUCGGUCAAAUCAUUCAUCCGAGCGUUGACCGAUCUGGUUCCUCCCGCCGUUAUGCUUUGAUUUUGUGCCAUUUUUAUAAGGAUCAAGGCUUUGGGUUUGGGUGUGGAUUUUUGUAUGUUCAGUGGUUUUGGUUGGAAUGAGGAAGAAGAGGAGAUCCAGAGGUUCAAAGCAAGGUGGGGCCGGAGCAGCAAGCCCCCCUGGUCAACCGCAGGAUAUGAAUUCCGGCGGUCAGAACCCGAUUGAUGGAGAGAAGAAGAAGUUGAUUGAGAAUUUGGUGGCUGCUUUUGGUUCGGUUUCAUUCCAAGAAGCUGCUGCGGCUUUGAAGGAAGCCAAAGGGGAUGCUAACAAGGCGGCGGAUAUUCUGGCGGAGACGUAUCUGGUGGAGGAGAGUGGAAGCACGAGCUCCAGUGGGUUUUGGACUUCCAGCUCUGGCUCUUCGGUUGGGGCCUCAACUUCAUCCGGGUCGUCUUCCUCCUCGGAAGCAUCUGCCGAUGCCAACGUUAGUGGGAAUGGGGCCAGGAAUCAGAAAUGCAGAGCGAAGAAAGUUGUGGCUGUUGCCGGAACUGUUUCCACUAUGCUUGGGAAGGAUUAUGUUAGGUCGGUCCAAAAGAGGACUUCUUUGAAAUCCAAAGGGUUCAAUGAGGGAAGUUGGAGUGAAGCAGAGCAAUUUUUGUGGUCUAUGCUUGGGGAGGAAAGUGAACUGAGCAUGGAUGUGGUCAGCGAUGUGCUAUGUGGGUGUGGGUAUGAUGUCCAGAAGGCUUUGAAUAUUUUGCUGGAACUAACUUCUUCCUUAGCUAUGCAAUCCCAGUUGGGCAAAUCUGAUGCUAAUAUUAAUGGAGAUAGUUUUGAUGAUGAUUUUUGGGGCAGUCAGACAGAUAGGACAUCUGACUCGGCUUCUCAUUCAUCUGAAACGGAAUUACGUGAAAAUGAGGGUUAUAAGGAACACUUUGGCAGGAGUCAUUUACAAGUUCUUACUGGAAACUAUACUUCGCCUGCAAAAAGCCCUGUGUUUGACCCGGAGCUUUCGCAGCAAGUUUUGGCAUCUUUGUUUAACAUGCCAACCCCCAAGAGUGCUGAGCGGGAACCUAACUCUAUGAACUGGAGUAAUAUUGUAAGAAAAAUGACUUCUCUGGGCCAGGGUAUUGAAGCUUCUGCAGUUGAAACAGCAAUGGAGUAUUCCUCUGCGAAAGGAGAUGACUAUCAGGUGCUCAGACAAAACGCAAAGCAGCACUGGGAGUCUAUGAAACUAUGUUAUACUAAGGCCGCAUCUGCAUUUUCAAAUGGAAAUAAGGAUUACGCAACUUAUAUGUCUGAGCAGGGGAGAAAACACAAUAUGAUAGCUCGAGAAUCAGAAGAAAAGGCCAGCCGGGAUAUCUUUGAAUCGAGAAACAAGGGGAUAGAAAAUGUGAUCACAAUUGAUUUGCAUGGUCAACAUGUGAAGCAAGCAAUGCGACUUUUGAAACUUCACCUCCUUUUUGGAGCAUAUGUACGCUCUGUGCGAUCAUUCAGGGUUAUCACUGGAUGUGGGAGCCAUGGUCUAGGGAAAUCUAAGCUGAAACAGUCGGUGGUUAAUCUAUUGGAGAGGGAAGGUAUAACAUGGGCCGAGGAAAAUCGGGGAUCACUGCUUGUGAGGCUUGAUCAGCAGAAAGAGUUCAGCUUUCUAGAUUCAGACGAUGAGUGUGAUGAUUAG